AUGGUCACGAGACAGCUCGAAAAGCAGAGGAGUCCAAAGCUCGAGUGGACAGAGGAAACGAACCCGAUGGCCGCCGCCGCGCCCACGCCAUCCCCAUUCGUUGCCUCCACCCGCCGCUUCGCCCCUCGCCUCCGCUCCCUCCUACCCGCCGCCACCAUGUCCUCCACCGCCGCCUCCACCCCGAACCCGAGCUCCGGCGCCGGGGAGGACGCCCAGGCGCCCCCGCUCCCGCACUCGACCCUCGAGAUCGCGGGGGCGCGCCGGGGCCUCCUCUCCGGCUUCGCCAGCAUCCGCGCCCCGUACCGCGCCUUCCCCGUGCUCGCGUCGAACCGGCACGUCGAGACCAUCUUCGCCGCGUUCACGCGGUCGCUCCCCGCCGUCAAGCUGCGGCGUGAGUGCCUCCGCGCCCCCGACGACGGCGCCGUCGCGCUCGACUGGGUCUGCGGCGACGACCGCACGCUCCCGAGGGAUGCGCCGGUGCUCAUACUCUUGCCUGGUCUAACAGGGGGAAGUGAUGAUACGUAUGUAAGGCAUAUGCUUAUGAGAGCUAGAAGCAAGGGAUGGCGUGUUGUGGUAUUUAAUAGCCGGGGAUGUGCAGACAGUCCUGUGACUACACCCCAGUUCUAUUCUGCUUCAUUUACUGGGGAUCUCCGCCAAGUAAUUGAUCUUGUUUUGGGCCGCUAUCCCCAAUCUAAUGUCUAUGCUGUUGGUUGGUCUCUUGGAGCAAAUAUUCUUGUGCGCUACCUUGGCGAGGAAACUGAUAAGUGCCCUUUAUCUGGUGCAGUCUCCUUGUGCAAUCCAUUUAACUUGGUAAUUGCUGAUGAAGAUUUCCACAAAGGGUUUAAUAACGUCUAUGAUAGAGCAUUGGCAAAUGCUCUCAGAACUAUAUUUAAGAAGCAUGCACUCCUUUUCGAAGAUAUGGAGGGUGAAUAUGAUAUACCCAAAGCAGCUAAUGCAAAGACUGUUAGAGAUUUUGAUGAGGGGCUAACCCGAGUUUCUUUUGGUUUCAAGUCAGUGGAUGAUUAUUACUCCAAUUCAAGCAGCUCUGAUUCCAUCAAGAAUGUUUGCAUACCCUUAUUAUGCAUACAGGCGGAUAAUGACCCAAUUGCACCAUCUAGGGGAAUUCCCAGAGAAGAUAUCAAGGCAAAUCCGAACUGCCUACUUAUAGUAACACCAAAGGGUGGCCAUCUUGGAUGGGUAGCGGGUGAUGAAGCUCCAUUUGGGUGUCCUUGGACUGACCCAAUUGUUAUGGAAUAUCUAGAAUAUCUUCAGAACGAAAAGAACUCCAGUACCAAAAAUGACAUAUCCUUUGAGCAGCAGGGUGUUUCAGAGGCAUCAGCACCCCAUCUGACCGUGCAUGUACAAAGAUAGUACUUUUUUUUUUGAAAAGGCAAAGAUAGUACUAUUUCCCUUCUCAGAAUGCUCCCAUUGUCAAUGUAUCUUAUAUUAUGCAAAUAGUUAGGUUAUUUAGCUUGUUUAUUCUACUGGUGGGAUUGCUAUAUGUCUCUUCGAUGACAGAGGUCACGUCUAUUGUGUUGCGAGAUUUGUGUAUUUUAAAAAGGAAGAUGGCUGUGGUUCAGAGGUCUGGAAACAAUAUUUAUUCCUCAACUGUUGGCUCAAAGAAUCAACGUUGAGACUCAAUUGGAAAGCAUAGAAUAUUUUUUUCCCCGGUCGAAGGGAGCCUCAUUUGCCAUACAUAUUGCAUUAUUGCUGGAUUAAGCUACUGUUAGUCUGUUACAUAGAUUCAAGACGAUUCAAUUGAAGUAUUUUCGUCGGCAAACCUGAACUUUACCUUAUAUUUGCAUACUGUACAUUUUCCUA